UAAUGGAUAUAUUCUCCAUGGACCUCUUUCCUUAACGUUUGUCACUUAAACACAUGUUAAGCGGUUGAUUAGAAGAUGGUGUCUUGAAAAAAUGGUAUAAACAACAUCAAGUAAUGGAUUUAUUCCCACAAAAAUGUUUUCCAAUCAAAUAUCAAAAAGAGAAAACCCAAAGACAAAUCUUUCAGGGAUUGGGAAGCAACAAAAAUAUUGAUGUAGCUGAUGUAAGGGAAAGAAAAUUUCACUCUCAGCAUGUUCCUUUUGAGUCAAAGACAUAUUCUGCAUCAAGACCAGCUUUGCCCCUUCAUUUGUCUCCAAUGAAAGUUCCAUACCCAUUUGAAGACAGGGUCACAAAGGAAAUCAAAACACACUACCAUGAAGUUAGUGCCUUUUGUAAUAAACUAAAAACAAUGAGAGGAGUUCUGAUAAAGCCUCAAAAUAUAAGGGUGCAGGGAGCAUUUUCAUCAGUGCUAGAGCAACUUAAAAGUGAAAAAUCCAAAGCUAUCGGUGUUCCUGGGAGGUUAGAUGACCUUGUAAAACAGUAUGAAAAGGUCAAAGACAUUCAUCAGGUCAUGACCUAUAACUCUACAUACACUGGAGGGUGUUUGGCAAGUGUUGGUAACCAAGCAAAUGGUGGAAAUCAACUUUUAAUAUGUCCUGCAGAUCACAAUUUUAAAACAACUGCUCUCUUUGAACUAAGCACAAGUCCUGAAGUAAAAGUAACACUUAAAAACAGCAUUAAUGUUGACUAUGAAAUUCAGCAGCUUCAGUCCAAAAGCUGCAAAAAUCUUGACUUCUGUGUGGCAAGGGGAGGGAGCCUUUGUGAGCUGUUCUCACUUCCAGAAUCAGCUGAGGGAGUUUCCAGCACACUGAGUUCUGUUGCUAAAGAACAUUUUAAGGAUGAAUUCCCCACUUCAGUUGAUCUGAGUGGUUAUAUUCCUGGAGAGUGUGCCGUGGCCACAGACAAAGGAAACAUUUAUCUCUGGUCUCCAGCUCAAAGUAAACAACUUGUCAGACAAAACAUGGAGACCAGAUUUCCUUCCCAUCAGGCUUGGCGGCAGGCAGUCUUUGGAUCAAGCCCACGUCACAUCAUCAUGGCAGACUGUACAGCCGUCCAAAUGUUUGACAUUAGGGGGCAGUAUGACUCCAGUAUUGACCUUUUUGCACUGCCCAGUAAGUUCUUACAUCCUGCUGAGCGGUUGUGUUUGGUGGAGAAACACCCGUUCUCCCAUCAUGCCUAUCUGGUAGCUACAGACCAGAGUCUCUUAUUGGUGGAUGAUCGAUUUCCCGGGAACCCUAUGCUACAGUGGAACCAUAUGCUGAGAAAUUUCCCACAGCUGACUUCUUCUGUUGUCAUGGAAACUGACAGUGUUUUAGUUGCUAUGGGGAGUUUGUCUCCAGCAGAAGUUUGUGCCUACCAAUACAGAUAUGGUCUCUCGGCAUCACCACAGUCUAUAGGAUCUCCAUGGAAAUUUUCUCAAAUUGGAGACUUUACUGAGUGGCCGGACCUUUGUAACCCACUCCACAAAUUUGCUGCUGACCUCAGGUUUAAUGUCUCUCUGACUGGAAUUUCAGUCGUCAGAACUUCUACAGGCUUUGUCUUGUUACAGCUUGACAGUCUAGGAGAACUCUAUUUCCAAGAGUUUAAAUCAAGCAAUGAAAUGAAAGACCUGACAUUUUGUGCAGGGCCAAUGUCUGGAGAUUUAAUGAUGGAUAAUUCUACAACUGAGAGAGGAAAAAGGUGGACAGAAGAUUUACAUAGAUAUGUUGAUAGCUGCAAAAAGGCCACCAAGAAUGUCAAUGUGUCAGAUUUCUUCUCAGAUAUCACCUUGAGUAAGCCAGGUCAUGUCUCCUGUUCCCUGUGUAUGGUGGACACCUGUGGUCUAAAUCUGUCAUUACAUAAACAGGCUCUCUGUUACUCCUGUCUACAUGAAGUUAAUGUUGCCAGGAAAAUUGCAGACUUGCAGCACAAUAACAUAGUGCAGCUUGAAGACUCUGUAGAGCCUGACAGUGAAGAGGAUGAUGGGAAGGAUUAUGACACACUGAGUCAGAUACUUCUACACCAGUGGAAUAAGGAAGAGGAUGAUGAGGAUUACGAGGAGAAUUUUAAACAACUUCUCCUGAAGAGGGAUGAGGAAAUUAAGGAAAAAAGGAAAUUAACAAAGAAAGAAUCCUCAAAAAGUUCAGUACAAAGACAUUCAACACAAAUGGGGGACUCUACUACCCUUCCUGUAGACCGUGCCCCAGUGUGGGUUACAGGCAACAAAGAGUUGGAUGAUCUGAUAGCCAGACAAGCACAUGAAAGUCAGUCUGAUGUAGAAGAAAAUACCAAAGCCCAUGAUUCCUUUCCUGUUAUGUCAAAGUAUAGAGAGGAGGAGGAGGAUUCAGGUGUUAAUAGAACUGUUGAAAAUGAUUCAAUGUCGAGCAUUGAAAAUAACACAGAACAUACUCAUUCAAAUAUUAAAGACGAGAGAACAAACUCUGGUGAUGAACAAGAAAGUAACACUUCUGAUGUGUUUUUAAGUCAGGUUGAAAGAGAUUAUCCAUUCAUGGCAGUACCGUCACAAUUGAAAAGGAAGAACUCUCUUACAUCAGACCAUGUGUCCAAUCUCAGUUCUAUAUCAUUCAGGUCAGAUGGAUUCCUUCCCACCCCACCCAGAAUGUUGUCUUUUCAUUCUCCUAGAAAAGAUAAGAGAUCAGUAAGAAGUGGAAAUGAGACCCUUCCUGGAGGGACUAGACGUGACAUGAUGUGUUCAUCACCUCAGCUACAUCCAACCCCUAGUAAAAGAAGAAGACAUUCCUCAAUAUCAAGUUCAUGUAGCAAACGUUCUGUUAAGUCUAAUUCCUCUGUUCAGUCAGAUGGAUUCAGAUCAACUCCAUCACGCAUGCAUCAAUCCCCAAUCCAAGGAUCCAAAUUUAUCUCUCCAGGUAGAAGCAGUUUGUCCUCCAGUCUGUCUGACUGGAACUGUUCUAUGGACUUAUUUGAUUCUAGUCUUAAUACUUUUGACUUACUACAAAAUCCAAUGUUAGGCAGUCAGAAAUCUCAGGAACCCAGCACCCAAAGUCAACCAGAUAUUCAGAAAUCUCAGGGACCCAACACCCAAAGUCAACCAGGCAGUCAGAGAAAAACUAAAGCUAAAAAACAGCUUAUGACUGGCUUCUGAUUUUUUUUUCCAAUCUUAAUAUUUAAAUCUAUGCACAAAAUAAUGUGUAUUGUCAAACUUCAUAUGCUGAAACAUACUGAUGAGAGCUAUUCAACUGCAUCAUUGGGCGCACUUGUUUCAUAAGCCGGGUCAAGCCGGUUAAUACUUCCGGAAGCGGGCAAGUAACUUGUUUCAAAUAUUUUUAAGCCGCCGGGCGGUCAGAAAGUAGCCCGGAUCGCCCGAAAAAUUUCGAGCGGGCAGAUGAAAAGCAAUAUGGCGGAAAACGGAGGUAGAAAUUUUCUUGAUGCGUAAAUAUUCGUUUUUUUAUCAUUUGCAGUAGUUACAGUUUCAAUAAACAUUCAGUACUGAGAUAAUAAGUAACUUUUACAACAUGUUUGUUUAUAUUUACAUGACCAACACUUCUUUUUAAAUUUUAAAGAUACUUUUCAGUUUUGUUUGUAGCGAGGCCCUGUGCUCCAAAUUCACAGAUUGUGCAUUGAAUGGAUCUAGUAAAUAUUAAAAUGCAAAUAUAUCCACAAAAUCGUUGUUCUCGUGUGUUCAGAGAAAAUUAUUUAUUACAGCAACAGCACCGAUAACAGUAUCAGCCAUUUUCCGGUUGAAUUUUCACUCGUUUCAGCGACACUAACCGGGUCAAUAUGUCAUGUGAUAAAAGUAAACCGGGUCAUCGCCCGGUUGUCUGAAACAAGUGCACCCAAUAUUUUUUUUACCUUGACCUCUUCCUUGACCUUGACCUCACUUUUCUUAAAUUAGUGUUUAGCUCAGUUUUAAAGAAACCAUUCAUAAUAUUUUUAUCAAACUUCAUAUGCUAAUACAUACUGAUGUAACCUUUUCAACUGCAUCAACAAUUUUUGACCUUGACCUUUCCUUUGACCUUAACUUCAUUUAUUUUAAAUUAAUGUUUAGCUCAGUUUUAAAUAAACCAUUCAAAAUAUUUUUAUCAAACUUGAUACGUAUUUAUGAGAACUAUUUAACUGCAUCAAAAACGUUUGACCUUGAACUUUUCUUGGA